AUGGAGGUUGAGGAUGAAUGUUUGUUGGGUUAUGCCAUGAAAGGCCAAUGGAGGGAAGCUGUAGAGGCAUACAGGAAGAAGCCAAGAGCGUUGGAGGCCAGGACCACGAAGUUAGAAGACUCAGUGAUACACAUGGCAAUCUAUAUGGGGCGGACCAAUUUUGUGACAAGCCUCCUAGAGAAGAUCGAAAAGGACGAGUGUAUAAGAAUCCUAAACAUGCAAAACUCAAAGGGAAACACUCCUCUCCACUUGGCUGCAGAACUUGGUAACCUGGAAAUCUGCAGAAGCAUUGCAGGAAGAGAUCCCGAUCUCAUUUCAUGUCGAAACAUGGAAGGCGAAACGCCGUUGUUCUUGGCAGCUCAUUAUGGUAAGAAAGAUGCAUUCUUUUGCCUCCAUGGUUACCUCAACAACAAAGGUGACUACUCACUCUGCAGGAGAACUAACGGGGAUACAAUCCUUCAUUCCACCAUAUAUGGUGAAUUCUUCGAUUUGGCAUUUCAAAUAAUUCACUUGUACCCACACCUUGCAUUGUCUAGGAAUGAAGAAGGUGUGUCACCUCUUCAUAUCCUUGCCAUGAAGCCCAGCUGCUUUAAAAGCAGCACAAGAAUGGAGACUUUUGAUAUUCUCAUAUACCAUUGUUUAAUAGUGGAUGAGUUGAAGAAGGAAAUUGAGGACUCAAGUAGAGCAGAUAGCAAAAGUAUUGAGUGUCCAGAGAACUACACAACAUGCAUGGAUGUGUUAGAAACUUCGAAGAAACUACUUAAAGUAUUGACAACUGGCACUAGUGGCGGUAAAGCUGCAACUGAUCAAGAGAAUCAGAAUCCCUCACUUGGCAGAAACUACCCCAGAAAUGCAGAGCAAGCAGCAAGGAAACAAGAGAGAAGCUACCGAUUCCCUCACAACUGGGAAACCGCGAUCAGAUUCCUAGUCAUCCUUAUGAAGGUUUUUCUAAUCAUUUUUGGUGUAGGAGCAUCUUGGAUAUGGAAAAUCCAGAGAAGAAAAGAGAAACACGUGUGGGCCAAGCAAGUAAUGGUGGAGCUAGUUCGACUCGCUUCUUUCCACAAAUAUGGCAACACGGGAAGUACUCCUCACAAGUAUCACAGCGAAAGUGCAAGAGAGGACAUGGAGAAUCACAUGAGUGAUCAGAAGAAGAAGGGGACUAUAAUAGAGACGCCAAUAUUAAUAGCAGCGAAGAUGGGAGUGACGGAGAUGGUGGAGAAAAUCCUGCACUCUUUCCCUCUGGCAAUCCAAGACCUGGACGCAGACAACAAGAACGUGGUUCUUCUGGCCGUAGAGAACAGACAGCCCCAUGUGUUUAGCCUUCUAAGAAAGAUGGAGUUUGUCAAAGAGAGUGCUUUCAGACACGUCGAUGCUCAAGGCAAUAGUGCCUUGCAUCUCGCUGCUUCUUGUAAGGAUCAUAAGCCUUGGCUUGUUCCUGGCGCUGCCAUGCAAAUGCAAUGGGAAUACAAGUGGUAUAAGCUAGUGAAGGACUCGAUGCCGCCGAACUUCUUCUCUCGAUACAACAUUCAUGGCGAAACAGCGAAGCACAUCUUCUUAAGAACACACGGACAUCUCAUGAAAGAGGGGAGCAAGUGGCUGACGAAGACGGCGGAGUCGUGCUCGGUGGUGGCGGCGCUCGUGGCGACCGUGGCAUUCACUACGUCGACGGCCAUACCCGGAGGAUCCGACCAAGACACCGGCGUGCCUCUUCUCCAAGGACGUCCUCUGUUCAACAUAUUUACGGUGGCGUCUGUGGUGGCGCUGUGCUCGUCGGUGAUGUCCCUAGUGAUGUUCCUGUCGAUCCUGACGUCUCGGUUCCAAGAGAAGGACUUCGCUGCAGGACUGCCCAGGAAGCUUCUGGUGGGGAUGUCGUCACUGUUCACCUCAAUAGGUUCGGUGUUGGUAUCUUUCUGCGCGGGGCAUUUCUUCGUCGUGCAACCUGGCCUGAGAGUCGCCGUGUAUCCGAUAUACGUGGCGACGUUCUUGCCGGUGACGUUUUUCGCACUGGUUCAGCUUCCUCUGUAUCUUGAUCUGGUUCUGGCGAUCUGCCGGAAGGUUCCACAACGGAGCUACAAGGUCUUCUCCCACGACAUGGGAUCCCCUGAAAAAACAUCCAGAGGUAAAACUUCGUCCUGAUCAACUCCAUGAAAGCUAACGUAGUUAUUACUGACUAACAUCAA